CAAUGCCGCCUCAUGCUCUUCCCCGCCCAAAACCUGAGACCUCCAUUAUAAUACUACACCCAAGUCCACACUAGGCGAAUGAUUCUUAAAUCUGCAUGGCUGAUUUGCCCCAGCUUCAACUAUAAUAGAGUCCCGGAAUAUCUGUCGCAUUGCAACACACGAUAAGCGAGGCACACAACCGAUCAUGGGCGUCUUUGACAGCCUCGACGCAGGCGUCACCAACCUGUUCGGUCAAUGGAACGUCUAUUCGACUGGUCUGGUGACCCUCCUGCUGGCUGUUGUCUCAUAUCGAGUUAUCUCGACCCGCGAUCCCGAUGUGCAUCCCAUGCUCCUGGCUCGCCAAGCCGUCCCGUCUUCAGUCCGAAAUGAAGGAGAGAGUCCUAUUUAUCGAUCCCAGGCUGCCCCUCAUGGCAUGCCGCUCAAUACUGGCCUUAAUGUGAAGGAUUCUGGAGCUUCUAAGUGGUCUCGCGGUCGUGAUGGCGACUUGAGAGAUGUCUGGAAGAGGGCGGCUGAGGGCGGCGAGAACGGGGCCAAGGGAAGGAUUCUGACUGUCCUCGGUUCCCAGAACGUCGUGGAUCAUAAGCUCGAUGAUAUCACUCGUCAGAUUAAUCUUAUUGGUCAGCACAUUGCCGAGACUGGUGGUAUUAGGGUUGCCGUUUACCUCCCGAACUCAGUUGAACUCUUGGUAACGCUUUUCGCCUGCAGCUUUUAUCAAAACCUCACAACGGUUCUGAUCCCUUUUGAUGUGUCCAAUGAUGAGCUUGUUUCUAUGUUACGCCGCUCUGCUGCUGAUACCUUGAUUACCGCUCCUGGCGCAUUCCCUUUCGAUGCUGUAAUCCAGGCCUACCCAUCUCUUCGACAGCUCAUUUGGGUCACAGACGAAGGAAGUAGCCACAUGGACUGGAAUGAGAUCCCUGAAGGUACUGGCGGCAACAUCAACGUCGCUACUUGGCAGGAUAUUCUUCGCGACUCCCCCGCCCAUGCCGGCACAGAGCUCCCGACUAUUGACCCCUCGAAGACUCCCUCCGAUGUCGUCACCUUUUGGCAGACUGAGCCUGGCGAGGUUGAGGAAAUGGUGCGCUUCAGUCAAGCCAACCUUGUCUCUGCUAUUUCUGCUCAACUCGCUGCUAUCCCUACCAAGGAGCGCAUCAACGCUUCGGAUCUUUUUUUACCCGCUGAUUCUCUUGCCAACGUCUAUACACUCGUUCUUACACUUGGCGCUCUCUAUUCGAAUGCUUCCAUUGCGCUGAACUCGGUCGCCGGCAAGUCACCAGACCUGGUUCUAGCAACUCAGGGAGUUGCUCCCACUGUUUUGGUUGCUAGUCCCGAGACACUUCUCAAGACUCAUAAGGAGUCCACUUCUAGGCUGACAUCUUCUUUGGCCAACGCCUCUCAUGUCAUGGCAACUCGUUCUCUGGCCCUGGAGGGAGUUCAUGCCACCUCUAACUUGCUUUCUGGUUUCUCUUCUGGCGCAGCCCCGGCCCUUGGCACAACACCUGGCAAACUUCGUCUGGUGUUAGUUGCAGAGCGUGCAGGUUCUGAUACCCCUCUCCUCCCGGCCAACGUUUUGUCGGAUCUACGUAUCUUUACUGGGGCGAGGGUUGUGUACGCUUUAACCGCAGCCAAAGUGGCUGGAGCUAUUUGCCAGACCGCUCUUUACGACUAUCGACUCCCGGUUGAUGCCAAGACACACUUCGGUCCUCCAUUGACCAGUGUCGAGCUAUAUCUCAAGGACGCCGGCGCUCACAAGACUACUGAUGAGAAAAUCGAAGGCCACAUUGUCGUGAGAGGACCUUCCGUGGCUGGAGGAGAAGUCAACGUUGGGAUUCCCGGAAAAAUUCGACAUGACAAUACCCUUGCUUAUGCCUGAAUUUGUAGAGCUGGGUGUGGAAUAGAGAGGCGAUGUCAGAGGAGAUGGAGACAGCAAGAUAUACAGAUUGAUCGAACUUGGCCUCUCAGUCCAUGGAGAAUUCUAUCUAGCAUUUAUGAUCUUUUCGUGGUUCGCUCGAAACCGAGAGAAUACGAUAUACAAAAGUAUGGCGUUCCCUUAUUCUUGUCCAAUACCAUGCAUUAGAUAUCAACCCAGUUGGAUCAGGCUAUUUCUUUUAUGUCUAUAUUGCCCUGAUCUAAUGUGACUACGGCAAUCCAGUUUCACAAACAAUCCGAAAAAAUAAAUAAACACACUUAUAUACUACCAAAAGGCCC